AUGCAGCGUUCAGAUUCGGGUGCAUCCUAUCCUUCAAAACAGGCGCCGACGUCGGAUCCAGCCAACCUGGCGCCCCCGACACAAUCCAGAGGGAACGCAACCAUCAGGACGGUUGCCAGUUUUGAGACACCCUCGGAACUAUCGACAAGCGGCACGCGGUCAGCUAGAAGCAGCGGCUUCUCUGCAUCCGCGGCCAGUGAUGCGAGCGGCGCCUCCGACAUCGACAUCUCGAAUCACCACAACGUUCAGCCAGACCUGCAAAGGCAGCCGUACAACAUGUCCCGCUUCAAGUCGCCAUCUCCGGGGCCGGAGAGCCGAUUCGGCAGGUCACCCACAACACCAGAGUUCUCAACCAACGGCGAUGGUCUGGAUGAGAAGACAAUGUCAUUACAGGUUCCAGAAAGCAAUUCAGGCGACCUCUCCGGGUUUACCAGGGAAGGCUCUCCGGGCUGGGAUGGAGCAGUCGGCAAAGCAGGUCUUGGAAAGACGGGACGUGUCAUCAACAAGCUGGUGGCGGACAACGACAGCCUCAAGCGCGAGAUCAAGAUCGAGCGGCUGAAGGCGGACGAGGCGAAACAGUCUGCGAGGCUGAUCGAAGACAAGAUGGACAAGUUGGUGGCCGACUAUGAAUCACGGCUCCUCGAAGCCAGCGUCACCAAGACAUUGUUGGCCAGGAAAGAGCGCCAAGUCGAGACUUUGCAAGCGGCUGUCGAGCUGGAGAAGAAGCGCACGUCUGACGCGCAGGAGAGGGAGAGGACUUGGAAGCACGAGAUGGAACAGAGCCGGCGGGAAACCAAAGUGCAAGUACAAGAAGCAGUCGCGCAGGCUGCGCUAAGUGACGGACGAUACAAUGCGAUAGCCUCGCACUGGAGGGAUCAAGGGCUGGACGUGAAGCGCGCGGCUGCCAAGCUCGACAGCAGGAUAAAGUCCCUCGUGGAGGAACGGCAGGAGGAUGACGAGCGUAUCAACACUCUGCGUGACUUGUGCGACCAGCAGGACGGCAACAUCCGAGAACUCAGGGAGCAGAAGGAGGAGAUCAGCCGCCAGUUUGAGGCGUACAAGAGGCAACAGGAAGAGGCCCUGCAGGAGAUCAAGCGGUCGGCCAGGGAGAGGGAAGAGACACAGCGCAAGACACUGGAGGAGGCCAAGGAGGUGCUUGACAAGCUGAAGUGGGCUCUUAAUGUCAAGCAGACCGUUGCGGGCGCGCAGUAA